AUAGUACACCUUAUUUCUAAGUACCUAAUUUUCUCAGCCUUACUCAAGACCCAUAUUUAUUUUGAAGACUAUCCAGGGUUGAUCCAAUCGAAACUCAUACGCACAUCCCUGCUCACAUCCCUCCAGGAAUUUCUAGCGGUAAAGUUCCUCAGCCUUACACAUGAGCUGAUGAUGUCGUUGAUUGAGAAAUAGCAUUGAUAUACUUUUGACGGCCAAUUAAGUGCAUGAGAACCGAACUUUCCACAUAAGACCCCUCAAAUGAAAAGUCAAUACUCACUACAUGAAAUUCGAAUAAUCUACGAUCCAAUCUGCAAGCUAGGGUUAUAGCUAACUCGGUUCGCUCAUCAUGUCGGCUAAGAAACUCAUAGUGUGCGGCGGGAAUGGGUUCGUCGGAUCUAGGAUAUGCAAAUAUGCCGUUGCUAGGGGUUGGGACGUGACAUCCGUAAGUCGUUCAGGAGAACCGAGAUGGGACACAGUUACAGCAUCAGACAAACCACCGCAAUGGGCUCGGAAAGUGACCUGGGAACGGGCCGACAUCAUGCGCCCAGCAACAUACGCGCCACUGCUCAAGGGUGCCGAUUUUGUCGUCCACAGCCUCGGUAUCCUGCUAGAAGCCGACUAUAAAGGCGUGUUGCAAGGCCAAGAAUCCCCCAUCGAGGGGUUGCGGAAGGCAUUCUCGGCCGCGCCGCAGCCCGGGAACCCGCUAGACCGGAAGGUGCCGGAAGGCAGUAACGAGGAUAUCCGGCCGCCUGAAACUCGAAACCAGCUCACGUACGAGAGCAUGAACCGCGACAGUGCCAUCAUGCUAGCUAAGGAGGCCGCGCGUGAAAACGUCGCCGUGUUCGCGUAUAUCUCGGCGGCCGCUGGUGCCCCUGUGUUGCCCGCGCGGUAUAUCACGACAAAGCGCGAGGCCGAGAGUACUAUCGCGAGCGAGUUCCCACGUAUGCGGGGUGUUUUUAUCCGCUCGCCGUUCCUAUACGAUACCUCGCGACCCAUCACUAUCGGGAUGGCAGCCAUGACGGGACUAGGCGCCGCCUUCAACGGGUUCACGCGCGGGGUCCUGGGCGGGUUUAUGGGCGCCGCCGGCGUCAAGCCGCUAAAAGUAGACAUCGUGGCCGAGGCCGUCGUCGAAGCCCUAGGUGACGAGAAGGUUAAGGGGCCUGUGGAACUGGCCGAGAUCGAGGAACUGGCUAACAAAUCAUGGAGGAAGACCAUGGUCUGAAAUAUCGAUUGAGCUAUGUGUUGUAUUAAUGCACGCCUAUAAACUGUAUCAUAGCUGUCCAACGCCGCCGAAGAAUGCCUGCAGUGUAAUCUAAUCGUGUACCAGUACGGCCCGUCUGAUGAUGCUUGUGUGAACGCCCCCAGUACAGUAAAACCACCUAUCGUCUUUUCAAAUCAUAGUCC